GCUGUAACCUGAAACAAAAUAGUGAAAAUACCCUUUCGUUUCCACAGGGGAAGACAAAGUUGAAAACCAAAUACAUAGUUUAGAACUCAUCUAGAUCUUUAAGCUCUUGAACUUCAACCAUGACUUCUCUUUGCCGGAAGAAGGAUCCUCGACAAAAGUUUUCUCCUACCAAUUGCAGUUUCCUUAGGUCUAUGUCGGAGGACAGUCCCACUGCAUACCUCAAAAUUCCUAGGAUUUAUUUGAAGAAAUGUCGGGAGAAAUAUGAAAAAGAGCUAUCAAAGGAUAUACAUCUUAAGCUUCCAUGUGGUACAGAAUGGAAAGUAGAAGUCACAGAACACAAAGGUCACUUUUGGUUCGAGAAGGGUUGGGAAGAUUUUUUCAAGUUUUACUCGCUACAGUCCAACGGCUCGAUAGAUUUUCAAUAUGAAGGGAAUUCCAGAUUCAAAGUUAAAAUCUAUGAUAAAUCAAAAAUAGAGAUCGACUAUCCUAUCAAAAGCACUGAUAUGCAAGAAAAUGGUGUAAAUGAUCAUUCUCCACUGGCUAGGCCUCAACAGCCUCAAAAGAAGAAAGAAGCAACUUCAAGUGGUGGGGAAACGGAUCUUUCUGCCAACAAAGAUGAGGGAGGCAAGUCUAGUACUACUCAAAGAUCCCGAAAACCAACAACCAAGGUUCCUAUGAGGAUGGACUCCUCGGCUACAGGUGGAGAAGUUACAGCUUUUCAGAAAGCUAAUGAAUUCAAGUCCAGAAACCCUUCCUGUUUCUUGGUUACCAUGCACUCCUCAUAUAUCAAAGGACAUAUGCUCUGGCUGUCAACUGAGAUCUCCAAGAAUAUGUUGACAAAUCUUAGUAAGAAUUCUGGUAAUGUUAGCCUUCGUGUUUCGGAAGGGAGUACAAGGCGAUAUUGGGCUGUUGAAAUGAAAUAUGAUAUAGAAAGAGCCAGAUUCCGAUUGCAGAGUGGUUGGAAUAAAUUUGUUCAAGGCAAUAAGUUGAAUGCUGGUGAUGUUUGUGGUUUUAUGUUGAUUGACAAAAUUGAACUUUUGUUUGAAGUUAAUAUUUUCCGCAGAACAGAAGUUGCAACCUCAUCACCAGGCAUUGAUGAAGAUGAUGUGGAUGAUAAAGAUGACCGUGGGCUUCAUGAUACCAAUGAUGACUAUGCAGCUAAUGAAAACACUCACCGUUCUUUCAAAAAAGUCCUACAGAAGUCUGCUAUCAAUCAUUGUUUGUGGUUGUGUUCUAGAUUUUCUCAGAAACAUCUCAGUAAUAAUCCUAGUAAUGCUGAGCUGCAUGUUCCCGGUAGGACGACAACUUGGCAUGUUGGAUUGAAAUAUGAGGUUGGGAGAAAAAGAGCCAAAUUCCAGUCCGGUUGGACCAAGUUUGUGAGAGACAAUAAUUUGAAAAUUGAAGAUGAGUGUGUGUUUGUGUUGACUGAUGAAAAUACAUUUUCAUUUGUUGUCAUAGUAGCUGCAAAAUCCACCUUGCAACCAGACAUUGAUGAUGCUAAUGACAACAUCAAAGAUGAUGAGGAUAGUAAGAAUGAGGUUGAUGAUGAUACUAGUGAUGAAGAUUAUAGUGAUGAUGAAGGUGAUGAUUAUGGUGUUGACAACGCCCACAACGAUGAAGAGGAAGAUGAAGAUGAAGAUAUUGAAUAUUCAUCACCACAACAGCUUCACAAGAGAAAGAGAUUAAGUUCAAGUACAAAAAGUAGCAUCAAAGAUGUUGGUGCUUCAACAAGUACUGGACAAUUCUUAAAACAAAGACCUGGUGUUCCAAGGAAUUUUCAUCCAAUAACAGUCACGGGAAAUGAUAUAGCUCUUCAGAGAGCUAAGGCCUUCAAGGAUGUAAAACCUCAUUCUGAUGUUCCAAGGAGCAUGAACCCAAUGAUGGCCAGGGGAAAAAAUAAGGCUCUUUGGAGAGCUCAGCAUUUCCACUCUGUAGAACCUUAUUUCGUGCACGCAAUGCAUCACAGGGAUGUCCUUGCACCUUUUCUGGAGUUGCCAUUUGAUUUUGCCAAGAAGCAUCUUGAUAAGCGGCCUAGUCAUGUCAAGCUACAGGGUUCAAAUGGGGAACCUUGGUCUGUCAAGUUCUAUUUUGCAGAUGAACUAGCUGGCUUCCAAGAUGGUUGGAUUGAGUUUGUGCAUGGCCUUAAUUUGAAAGAGGAUGAUGUGUGUGCCUUUGAAUUGAUUGAUGAUACCAAGUUUAUAUUUGAUGUUCAUGUUUACCGCAACACAUAGAAGCUGCAAAUUCCACCAUAUUUCUUGCAGGCAAGUAAUUUCAGUAGCAUUGCCAGCCGCAGAAUUUACAAAUGUGUUGUCGAUCUUAUCUUUAUUUUGUUUUUAAAAGAAAGCAACCCACUGCCAAGAAUCUAUUCAAGUUUAAUCUUAAAGACCCUGCCAUGAAUCAAUGUACGAGAUCUCUUAUGUUGUUUUGAUCAAGAUCUUGAGCUUGCUACUGCAUUUAAUGAAAUGUCCUAUAACUAA